UGUGUUGUUGUUUUUGUUGGGAAAAAAUAAACAAUAAUUUAGCUGGUUGUUGUGCGCGAACCAAAAGUGGAAAUUAUGCGAAUCUCGACAGCGAAAGGGCAACGCGAUGCUGGCAAUGAAAGUGUAGGCGUGGCUUUUCCGGAUUUUCCAGCUAAUCGGCACUUGUGCACCUGUGUUGGCAUUUCCACCGAUUUUUUCGCCUGUGGAGCUGCAAUGGCGACCAAAUUGAGAACGAUCAAUUCCGCUAAAUAGAAAGAGCAAUCAAGGAUAAAGAGCGGUGGGCGGCGAGAGAGAGAGGAGAGCGGUACGUGGGUUCAUGCGAAAGUAGAGGAAAAAAGAACCGUUUUAGUCGUCAAAGAAGAGUUCAUAAAUGGCGAAUAAGAGUGCGAAAAGGCAGUGAAAAGUGGCAAUCCGUGGGUUAUAUAAAAAAUAUAUAUAUCUAUCAAAAGUGCCACGAAAUGCAGUCUUGCAAAAAUCGAAAAUAAAUCAAUGAUAUAGACGCAAAAUCCAGGAAAAGGAAGAAGAAGAAGCAACACAGCUGAGUGCGUGUGUGUGAGCCCUGUUUGCUUGCGAGUGUGUGUGUGUGUGCGCGUGUGUGCUGUGAGCAAGUGAAAUCAAUAAUGUUUGCAGCCCAAAAAAAGAAUUGAAACUGCAAUAAUGUCGAAAAAUGUAUGAGGCAUCGAAUUAGCAAAGCCAUACAUCCAGGCUGCACUGAGCGAAAAUUGUGCCUUUCAACGGAUCUUCUGCUGCAAAGCGAAAGAAGCAAAAAGCAACAAAAAUAAUGGAAUUUUAACAAAGUCUUAAAAGUGUACUUCUGGUGCAAGAAGCAGCAGCAAUAGCUAGAGGAAUCGGAAUCGGAACCGGAAACAGCUUCAGCUCCAACGGACAGGCAACCAACGGACCGACCAUGAUACCCACCAGCGUGACCAACUCGCCGCCGCCAGCGGGAUUGGGCCAGAAUGGAGCAUCUGCCUCCUUGGGCUCGGCCACGGCGGCGGGCGGCGGGAUGUUGUCCGGUCUGGGGAUCUCUGGAGGCGUGUCAUCGGGAGCAGGAGUGGGAGCAGGAUCUGGAUUGGGGGCUCAGAACAACUACAGCUCCGUGGUGCUGGGCCUGGCCUCGCUGAUCCUCGAAGGCAGGCCUAUUGCCGACGAUGAGUAUCAGCAGCCGCAGCAGCAGGUGGGAAUGGUCUGCACAGGAUCAGCAGGAUCUGGAGCAGCCGGGGGACGCCUCUCGCCACGGCCCUCCACAUCCAGGGCAGCCAUUAACAUCACAACGAAUCCCUACGGUUCGAUGGGAGGAUCGGAGAAUAGAACUGGGAAUGGAAGUGGAUCCGCCGGUUCGCCCAGCAGUAGUUCCCUAACCCACCAGCGUUGGACGCAGAAGCUCUGCCAGCUGCGUCAGAUCUCGCCGGCUGCCCAGACGAUGAGUGCCGAACCGGAGUUGGUAUCGCUGGCCAUCAAUGAUCUCAACAAGGAUCAUGGCGACUACGAGAUUGUGAGGCGAGUGAUGCUCAAUCGUGCUGGUGGAAUGGGUGGUCUGGUUGGCAGUUCCGGUGGAGGUGGCGGUGGUGGUGGUGGAACCAACAACUCCAGUGCCGCCAGCUCACCGGGCUCCAAUUCAUCGGAUAACAUUCUCCACUCGCUGCAAUCGUUGGCCACCACAUGUUUGAGAGGUGGACCAGCCUUGGCACCGCCACCUGUUGAGCCGCGACCUCUGAAUCUGGCCUUUCUCUGGUCAGGAUCGGGUGGUUCUGGUGGCCGGGGAUUGGGAUUGGGAUUGGGAGCAGCUGCAGCAGCAGCAGCAGCAGCAGGGAGCACUAGCAACACACCAACAACAACAACGGCAACUGCCACUGCCAGCAGCGGAGCAAGUAGCUCCGCAUCGCGGCCCAAGCAUGGGCCGCACUGUGAUCAGUUCCUCAGGAAGAUGGGUCUGGCCAAGGGCGAGAUGCCAUCGGAGGCUGAGGAGCACAUCUGUGAUAUGUCCUACGUGAAUAUGACCUGCAAUCGUUGGCGGGCGUACUGCAUGAAGAUGGAGGCCAUCCUGGCCAGACGCGAACCCGUUUGCAUCGAGGUUUACCUGGGUCCCGUGAGCCACAAGCUCUUGCUGGAGCAGUGGAUCAUCAGCGGCAAGGAGAAAGUUCCUCCACCCACCAUGACGUUGCCCUCGCUUUGCAGCGCCAUCAGGAGUCAGUUGUACUUCUCGCAGAUCGUGGCCUGGUGCGAUCUCCUCCGCAAAUGCGAUCCAUCGGUGUACGACAGUGGUCGCGUCAUCUUCUCCAGCUGCGGCAACAACGCCGGGGAUUUGGCCACAGCCUAUGCACCUAGUGGUGGCCAGAAGAGACCUCGUCUCAACAUCUUCUACAGGAUCAAGCAGCACACCGCCCACAGCAAUAGUGGGCACCACCAGGAGGAUGGCUUCAGUGCCAAGGCCAAUGUGCACAAUUUUCCCAACGUCAAUGUAUCCGAGAGCUAUAGCAUCUCGGUGAGUGUGCGUAGUUUGCCCAGGAUUAAUGGUGGCUUGCCGCAUGUGGAGCCUGUGCCUCCUACACCGGCACCACGAAGCCUAAGAUCCUGCGGAGGUGGUGAUCCCGCCAGCACGCCCACCGGAGGCGGGGGACUUCAUGCCGCCACGCCGACUGGCCUGGGAGCCCGGAUAAGUGCACUCACCCCAACGUCAACGGCCAGCGGUUCCAACUGUGAUAAUGGAAAACCCGAAAUGGGACAGGGACUGGACGAACUCGAUGGGGAUUCGAGUUUGAGCCACCGGGAGAGACAGCUGCAGAAGUAUCGCAAGCGAAUGCAGCGCAGGGACAAGAAAAGGGAGAGGAAAUCCACACCGGAAAGGGAAAGCAAUCCACAACAAACCGAGGAGCCCAUGGAGGAGGGCGAGGAGUCGCCAUCGCAGUCUCAGACGCCAUCAGAAGCGCAAUCCCUAUCCCUGACCUUGCAGCAACCCAGGCGCAUAGCCAUGAUCUCCACGGGCACGCAGACUUCCCUGAGCAGCUGUCAGCAGUGUGGCAGUGAGAAGACUCUACUUUGUCUCAGCUGCACGGGCGGAGGAGGAGGAAGAGGGGCGGCCAAUGGAGCAGGAAAAGCAGAGGAUGCCGAUGAUAGCGAUACAACAGCCUCCGAAAUGGAGGAGACCUCCACUUGCAGCCUCAGUAGCAGCGAUCUCAUCGUGGGCACACCACGCAACAAGGCGGAGCUCCUGCUCCAGGCCAUUCAGCGCACGCCAAAGAACCACAAUCGAAAUCGAAAGCCACAUCAGACGGUGGAACAGGCUCCCCUGGGCACCAACUCCUCCAACUCCUCCUCCUCCUCCUGCCGCAACUCAGAUCUCAAUGGAGGGCAGAACAACAAUCUGGUUAAAGUGACGCCCGCCACAAGUGGCUGCCAGGUGUGCAAACGCCAGAAGACGCAGCACAAUUUUGCGAAUGGAAAGGAUCAUAAACCCACCAAUGGAGAGCACACGAGCAAUGGCUUUGCCAGCAUGCACAGGGAGGCAGAGAAGCAAAAGGAAGUUCAGAUACCCUCCACCGAGCUGACGCCCAACAUCGAACGCUGUUCACUGAAUCCCGCAGAGCGCUGCAAGACGCCUCCUCCAGGAGUAGCCGAGCACAUAGUAGUGCAGUUCAAGACGCCGCUGAGCCAAGUGCCGGCCAAGCUUCAACCGGAUGCGAUGGUGCCACUGCAGCAGCAGCAGCAGCAGCUGGGAAAAUCCUCACCAAAGCCCAGUCAGCUUAGGUUGAAUUGUGGCUCUGGUUUGCUGGAGAGCGAAACGCCGCCACCCAUUGUUUCGCCACAGAUGCGCAAGGCCCUGCCCAAGGUGAACCUGACGACGAUCUUCUGCAGCUCGGCUCCCAUUGCCAUUGGUUGUCCCGCCUUCAGUUUCGAUCCGGCUACCCUGAGUCACGCCCAUUCGCAGCUGCUGGCUCCAGAUGCAGGCGCCACUCCGCCCGUGCAGAAAUCCUUCUCUGCCCCCACAUUGCCACAUGCGGCUUCUCUGUCCGUUUCGCCACGAUUUGCCAAACAGGCGCUGGCCGCCCACAAGCGGCGUUCUCGCCAUUUGAGCGAUCGCAGUGAUCGUAGUUCUUUGGGCUCCGAUGAGCAGUUGUCGGAUGAGGAUCUGGAGUCUGGACUCUGCAGUCCAGCGGGUGGAUCGCCCUUGAAGUGUCGCGCCAGAUUGGCGGCUCAUUUUGCCGGGCGGCCACUGCUGGGAAACCUGGAGGAGUCUCUGCUCCAAAGGAGGCUCAUGCCCAAGGUUGAGGUGAUGGGCUUCAAGCUGCAGUUGGGCGCCUCGGGGGGCUUCUGUCCCACCCAGUUGACCAUCCCGGCUGUGUCCUACUUCUACGAGCUGCAUGGCGAGACGCUAAGCACGCCAUACUUGUGCGAAAUUCGUCUGCCGCGCAAGGGUUACUCGGUGCCGAGGACGGGCACGGUGCAGGCCACGCUGCUGAAUCCCAUGGGCACGGUGGUGCGGAUGUUUGUGAUACCCUACGAUAUGCGGGACAUGCCGCCGCUGCAUCGCACCUUCAUCAGGCAGCGCAUACUGGCCGAGGAGCUGGGCCAGGAGCAGGAGCAGGAUGCCGGACCAAAGAUGCCAAGGAGCCCAACGGUGACCAGCACGACCAGCAAACUGGGGCACUUCAUCAGCGCCGAGCAAAUGAAGCGGCUGCGCUACUCCAUACACCUGAGGUUCCAGACAUCUCGCUCCGGACGACUGUGCCUGCACACGGACAUCCGACUGCUGAUCUCACGCCGCACCGAUUGCGAUACGGCGGCCGCCCAUGCCAAGGGCGUCUUGGAGGCACCCAACGAGCUGGUCAUGGACACCAUGAUGCCCGCCGAGCCGCGCUACAGUGCGCGACAGGAGAGCGCCAGCCGGAUUUAGUAGCUACUGCGAGCCCUGGGCGGCACCUUUGAGUUGCUGCGCCGGCUGUGCAAGCAGCUCCAGGACAAAUGGCAGCAGCAGCGGGAGACGAGGGAUCUCUGGCAGUGGCCCCGAUACCAAUUGUAGAAGGAGGCGGCGGCGCAGCACCAAGAGACGGAGGGCAGAAGGAGGAGGCGAAACAAACUCCAACUGAGUCGUGUGUUUGCGUUUUGCGUGUGUGACAACCAACCAACUGCUUUACUAGUUAUCGUUUAAAUCUAUCCAUAAGUUUAGUUUCUUUAACAAUUUGUUUGGUAUUCCACCUCGCAGGAGGUUCUAUUCGUAUAGUUUUGGAAUUUUGAAUUUGAAUUACUGGAAAAUGUGUGAGAGAGAAAACAUUGCGAAAGUAAAAAUGUUGAAUUAUGAAAGCAAUCGAAUCGAAUCGGUCGGUCAGGCGGUCAGUCAGUCAGUCAGACUAGCUAAACUAUCUGCAUCCGUAUCUGUAAUGGCAACUGCAGUUGUAUCUCUAUCUGUAUCUUUGGGGUCCACAUGAGGAAGAGCGAGCGGAGCAAUUAGCAAUACUAAACAAAAAAUAACUAUGCAAUGUGUGAGUGUGAAAACGCAAGGGAGAUAACUACGUAUAUAGGACAUGCAUAUGCAGAUAUCACAUACAAUAUAUAUAUAUAUAUAUUUAAAUAUAUAUUUAUGUACCAUAUGUUUAAUCGUCGUGUAGCGUCAGCAAUUUUAAAGGCAAUUUGUGGGUGGAGUUGGCGAUUUGCAGUAGCAGGUUGAUGUGCGCUCAUAUCGAUCGUUGUUGUUAGUGUGUAGUGUGAUUUUAACCGCAGAAAUUUAACAAACAAAGAAAACAAAACAAAACCUUUUCGUUGAGUGCAAGUUUGAAAUGAAUUAUGGUUUCGAUUUUAAUUUGGUAUUUCCGUUCUGAGAGUGUCUAAUUAAGCGUGCCUGUGAUACGAUAUGAGCUGCACGAGGGGGGUACUUCUAAUAGAGUUUUUAGUUAAAUACAAUUGACGAUUACAUUGUUUGUCGUUCUCUUUCUGUUUCUGUUUACAAACUACACAGAUUAGUUUCCCUGUUUGGUUUUCCAUUUGCAAUAAGUGCUUGGAGUUCAUUUGCACGCCAUGCAUUCGAGGGGUUUUUGGGAAGAUAGGACCCCUCGCCAGACUUCAGGCACAUCUGUACUUCAAUAAUACGACUACUAUACGGAUCUAGAUGUGUUGAAUUCUAACCAAAUUCUUGUUUUUCAAUUGAUACCUGACUAUAACUAUUGUAUAACAACGUACUACACACAGCUAUUAACAAAUUUUCAAUCUAGGUGGUAUGAAAACAAAUAAAACAUUAAAUUUAGAACGUAAAAAAAGAUGAGGAAAACUCGAAAAAAAAACCAAGCGAAACAAUAAAGCAAGGUCGAUGGGGAUGUGCAUUAGACCCAUCGACUGGGAAUCAUACAAUUUA